GUAACAUAAGAGAUGUUACAUUUUUUGUAAAUAUUUCUAAGAUUGACAGUGAUUACAGGUUUAUUAUCCACAUGAAUGAUGUUUCACUGAGGGAAUGGGUGGUGAUUCACCCGCAUGUUGCAGUUCAUAAUUUGACCGCUUUAGAUGCCGGUGUAGCGGCAACAUUUUAGCUGUGAAUAACAGCUGGCUAGCGAACGUUCGUUAACAACAUUUCCACUGGUGCUGCAUUUCACUACUGUUAGCUAGCUAAAGGCUAGCUUUAUUGACAAAAUAUGCAGAAGUAUGAAAAACUUGAGAAGAUUGGAGAGGGUACAUAUGGAACUGUUUUCAAAGCAAAAAAUAGAGAAACGCAUGAAAUCGUGGCUUUAAAAAGAGUGAGAUUGGAUGACGACGAUGAGGGGGUCCCAAGUUCUGCCCUGCGAGAAAUUUGCCUCCUGAAAGAACUGAAGCAUAAAAACAUUGUGAGAUUGCAUGAUGUUCUGCACAGUGACAAGAAGUUAACAUUGGUGUUUGAAUUUUGUGAUCAGGAUCUAAAGAAAUACUUUGACAGCUGCAAUGGAGACCUAGAUCCAGAAACUGUCAAGUCGUUCAUGUACCAGCUGUUGAAGGGGCUUGCCUUCUGCCACAGUCGGAAUGUUCUCCACAGAGACCUGAAGCCGCAGAACCUCCUCAUCAAUAGGAAUGGGGAAUUGAAGCUGGCUGACUUUGGCUUGGCUCGAGCCUUUGGAAUCCCAGUGAGAUGUUACUCAGCAGAGGUUGUGACGUUGUGGUAUAGGCCCCCAGAUGUGCUCUUCGGUGCUAAGCUUUAUUCUACCUCUAUUGACAUGUGGUCAGCUGGAUGCAUAUUUGCAGAGUUGGCAAACGCUGGAAGGCCCCUGUUUCCGGGUAAUGACGUUGACGACCAGCUGAAGAGGAUCUUCCGAUUGUUGGGUACACCAACUGAAGAACAGUGGCAGACAAUGACAAAGCUUCCAGACUACAAGCCGUACCCCAUGUAUCCAGCUACGACCUCACUGGUGAAUGUUGUACCCAAACUCAGUAGCACAGGACGGGAUCUCCUGCAGAAUCUGUUGAAGUGUAAUCCUGUCCAGAGGAUCUCUGCAGAGGAGGCAUUACAGCACCCUUACUUUGCUGAUUUCUGCCCACCGUAGAUGAGGUGCCCAAACACAUCACUCAACUGAACCUCCUCCAUCGGAAUCAAUCCUCUUUCACUCCCAUCUUCUCAACAGGAUCUGUCAAUCCCGACUCCCUACAAGGCUCAUCCUUCAGCAGCACCUGUUUUAACUAAGACACUUCCCUUCAGUUCAUCCUGUUGUGCCUCCUAAUGGAAUCAAGUCCUUGUGGGCUCUGCAAUAUUUUAGAUUUUGUUAGUAAACCUGUCUGCUUUUUGUCUGAAGCGCACUGAUAUGGAAACAUAUAACAUGUAGCGAGUAACAAAGUUACCCAGAGAAACCGUGAAUCCUUCUGAGCCAAUAGCUGCGCAGCAGAGUAAGAGGUUUGAACAAUUGAAGUUGCGUGCUGCAUAAUGUACUGGCAAAAAUUUAGGUAUUUGGAUACAUUUCAAAUAGUUUUAAUGUGCUACUGCUGUUAACUUGUCAAUAUUGCAUUAAUAGGUCACAAUAAGAUUGGAGACAGACUUGCAUAUUUUCCUUGUUCUUCAUCAUAGUUAUAACAAUAUUCCACUUACAAUAGGAGAUUGUCAAAUGGAGGGGGAGGCAUAUUUAUCAGUUACUUCUCAGGCUUGCUGUUUAGGUUGUGUUUAAGUUUUUUUGUGCACCUUGUAAAUGGCAGUUGCUUUUUUAAUAGUUUAGAUCUCAUCCACUCUAUCAAGUUAAGUUGAACACUGAAAGUCGGUAUUGUCGAAGCUGGGGCCAACUGAUAUUUAUUAUGAACAGUGGACCAUACGAACUUGAGUCAUUGCUUUUAUUUUAUAGUUACAUUUUUGUAACUUUGUACAAUCUUUCAUAAUUGACCUAAUCUCUUAUAGCUUAGAGAAAGUGAAGAGAGGAGGAAAUCCACUGAUACCUGUAUUACCACAUUACGAUUGUUUUGCACCACUCUGACUUUGGCUGUGUUCACUCAGAUGGGUAACUUAAUUUUGUCAAGGAACUUGCACGUUUUUCUGUGUUAUUUUACUCCAGAUAGUCGCUACUUAUCCCACAAAAGCCACAAUUAUAAGUAAUCUACCAAAACAUUGGUUUGCAUGGAUAGGGAAAAUAUGUAUUUUAAUUUUGAUGAUGGAAGUUGACAAGCAGAAUGCAUGUAUUUAUUGAUAAUUGAAUGUCUGCUUAUGUGUGCAUUUAGUCCUUUUUUUCUACCAAACAAAUUACUUUCAGGAGUUGUAUAUGCUCUUCUUAUUCAAAUAAUGAAAUUUAUGACACUUAGAUCCAUGACAUUUGUACAGCUCUUUAUAGUGUGCAUUGAUGUUUGCAUCUGAGUUGAGAUGCGAUUCCAUUAUCACAUGCAGAUAUGUUGGAUCUUAAUUUGACCCGUUUCUCACAGCAGGAAAUGUGGAUUAUAAUUAAUAGACAUUUUUUUUAGAGUUUGAUACAUUUUUAGAUGGGGCAAAUCAAGUCUGACAUUUUAAAGUGAAAAUUACAAGCUUUAGAAGCCUUUUAAACCUCAAAUACACUAUAAGUUUGCAUUUCCUGCCGUGCAGGAAAUUUCCUGCAACAGGGUGAUAAAAUUAAGAUCCUACAUCUGUAAAGACAAGCAAUUCCAAUGCUUAUUUUUUAGACAAGACUGCUGUAGAUUAUUAGUUUAAAUAUGACUAAUUUCUAUUUUGAAAGAAGAGUGGACUUUGUACUUUUAUCAUUGUUUUAUUGUAGAACUUGGGUCAAGUAUUUAGACAAUUGCUGUCAGCAGUGGUCUUUUUGUGUACAUUUUAAAACACAAUGGUUCAGUAUUCAAUAAAGUGGACUCAAUGUU